CAGUUGUUAGCAAUUGUUCACUGCGACAUUGGCUAUCCUGUCUAUAGUUUGUGUGUCGCGAUAUUACGUACCUGUCUCGUUUAUCCAUUUCAUUGCUAUCAACUAGUUCUGACAUUUCGGCACAGUAGAGGAUUUACGUGGAAAUUGUUUCCUCGUCUGGUAUCGAAGUAAAUCCGCGAAGAUGAACAGGCUCUUUGGACGCGCUAAACCUAAAGAACCUUCACCGAGUAUAACGGACUGUAUCGCUGGGGUUGACAGUAGAGCAGACUCUGCGGAGAAGAAGAUAGCCAGGCUAGAUGCAGAGCUGAAGAAAUAUAAAGACCAAAUGCUGAAAAUGAGAGAUGGUCCAGCUAAGAAUACAGUAAAGGCCAAAGCUCUGCGUGUAUUGAAACAGCGAAAGAUGUACGAAACUCAGGUGGACAACUUGCGGCAACAGGCGUUCAAUAUGGAACAGGCAAACUAUGCGACUCAGACGUUGAAAGAUACUCAGGCAACUGUGGUUGCUAUGAAGGAAGGUGUCAAACAAAUGCAGAAGGAAUUCAAAAACAUCAAUAUUGAUCAAAUUGAAGAUCUACAAGAUGAUUUGGCAGAUAUGUUAGAACAAGCUGAUGAAGUACAAGAAGCAAUGGGUCGUAGUUAUGGAAUGCCAGAGAUUGAUGAUGAUGAACUUGCAGCUGAACUGGAAGCUCUUGGUAAUGAUCUAGCUUUGGAUCAGGAUACUAGCUUCUUAGAUGAUGCUAUUAAAGCACCUAGCGCACCAGAUAAAGAACCUGGGGCAAAUUCUGUCAAGAACAAGGAUGGUGUGCCGGUAGACGAGUUUGGAUUACCGCAAAUACCUGCUAGUUAAGUUUGAGCGCAUCAAAAGUUGAACAAAUAAGAAAGUGUAAGCUUUAAAGUACUUGCGUGUAUGCCCAGACACAAUUUUCUGCAGAGACACAAAGCUUUUCUGAUCUAUACUCCAAAUACCCAAUUCAAAUAACGUUCUAAGAUUUUGUUGACAAAAUUCACGCAACAGAUAUAUUUAGUUCUGUACUAAUAAGAUUUUGUUAUACUGGU